CGCAGCCAACGAACUUCAUGCUCCCUGUGAUGCUUCUCAGAGGGGGUGGGAGCGACUUGUUUAUUUGUUAUCGAUCGCAGCGCAUCGAGUUAUCAAAAAUAUUAAAGUUUCAUCCCAGCUGGACAUUGAGCAUCCUCAUUGAGUUAUUUGAUCCCAGAAGGAGAGAUUAAUGCCAAUAAAAAAGCUCUUAGGUUGAACGGACGAGUGUAUGGCAUCGAGAGACGUCGGUGCUGCCAUCUGUCGGCGCCUUCGGGAAGCGACAUCCGGGUCCCUCCAGUGUUAUGGCGGCCGCGGAGGAGGGUAAAGAUGACGCAGCGAGUGACAACCUUAAACGCGAUAUCCGCAAUGAAAAACGCUUGAGGGAUGACGUGAAGGGAGGACGAGAGGAGUGCAUUCUUACACAGAUCGAGGGCCGAAGUGUCUUAGGAAGAGAUAGAGAGAGCUUUCGGAAUUUUCCCGGAUUUGUGGAUACGUCGUCGCCAGGUUCCUCCGCUUCGCUUGCAGAGAUGGACUCGAAGUUUUCUCCAGACCCUCCCUUAUGCAGUGCAGAGUCCGGCCCACUAGAUACAAGUGAUCACCACCACCACCACCAUUACCACCAUCGCGAUCACCACCACAGAGACCACCAUCACAAUCACCACCACAAGAAGAAAAAGCAUAAAGAGAGAGACAGAGAAAGAUCCCACCAUAAAAAGCAUAGAUACAGAGUAAGGAUGUCAUUGUGAUUUUGUUUAUCCACU